AUGUCAUCAACACGAACUGCUCCACGAACAACAAAUAUUAAUAAAACAACGCCAACAUUAAAUACACAUCAUACAAAUGGUUCAACUAAUUCGUAUGAUAUUAAUAAUUCAACGGCUAAUGUUAACAAUACAUCUGAAAUUGAUUCAAAUUUACAAAGAUCAGUUUUAACAAAGAAUACUUCUCAAUCGGAAGGUAUUUAUCGAAAUCCUCGAUUUAUUCAUGCAGUGACUAUUGGAUUAUUGGGUCAACCAGUCAUUAUUCAAACAACUGAACGAGAACGUUUUCAUGGUAUACUUGAAACAAUAUCAGCAAAUGGUGAUGUUAUUUUAUCAGUUGCUCAUCGAUUAGAUAAUAAUAAUAAUGAUAUUAUGGGAUUAUCAACAUCACUUAUCGAUCUAUUUGAUACAAUUGAUAAUUCAUCACAAUCAUUUGAAUUAAAUAAACGUAUUAUUCCAUCAACUAAUAUUGUUGAAAUAAUUGCUGGUGAUAUUGAUUUAUCUGGUAGUGGAAAAUGUGUACUUGAUGAAAAUCCAAAGGCAACUCAAUUAGAAGAUGAACGUUUUAAUCGUAUGGAACAUUUUUAUGGUACAGGUGAAGUUGAUCCAGAUACAUUCGAAUAUCUUGAUCUUGGGGAUGAUGGAAAUGCUGGUUAUGAUCCAGAAGAUAUGUUUGAUACAAAUCGAGAAAAAUUCAAUACAACAACAGAUUUUGAUGAAAGCAAAUAUACAAAUGUUCCUAUUCGUCAAAUGACAGCUGAUGAAUUAGCAGAAAUAGAAAAGAAAGUGACAGAAAUUGAAAAAGGAACUCGAAAUGAUGAUAUCGAUGAAGAUGAUGCAGGUGUAAAACGUCCAUCUGAAUAUAAUCAAACACAAAGUGUUGAUGAUGGAAAUAGUAAUACUAAAAAUAAUCCAUCAUCACGUCCACAUACAAAUGAUCGUCGAUCAGAUUUUCGUUAUGAUACAGAAUAUAAUCCAUCAAAACGUGGUAAUUGGCGUGAACAACGAACUGGCGGUGGUAGUGGUGGUAAUCGACGUGGUGGCAGUGGUGGUGGUGGUUCAAAUAAUUAUUCAAUGAAUAAUCCAAAAUCAAAUCAACGUUCUGAACAAACACAAUAUACAUCAUCACGUUCAUCUGAACAAUCAACAAAUAAUCGUCAACAACAAUUUAAAUCACGUAAUAAUCGUUUUACAGAUAAUCGUUCACCACAUGAAGGACGUGAUUCACCAUUACAAAUAACAAAUGAUGAAACGACACGUGGCCAAAGAAUCAAUAGUGGUAGUCUUUCACAAGGACAAAAUUCAGGUCCAACAAGUCCAUCAACAACAGUUCCAGCACGUACUAUUUAUCCAACAAAUAAUCGACCACCUAUUGGAAGAAAUUCACCAGCACCAUAUACAGGUAGUUCAUCAUCUCGAAAUAAUUCGACAACAACAACAACAUCACCAUCGCCAACAACAACAUCAGCAGCAACAUCAUAUCAAACAAAUUCUACUGGAACAGGAAAUUAUUCUCAACAAUCAAAUAAUAAAAUGGCUAAAAAACCAAUACGUAAUGAACAAUCAACAACUGAUGAAUCAGAUCAACCAAAACCACAACGUAAUCAACAACAAACUUCUUCAAAUAAUCAAUCAAAUACAGUUCCACUUAAUCGUCCAUCACAAUUACAUACUCAACAAAUAAGACAACAACAACAACAACAACAGCAACAACAACAAAUUUCAUCAUCUAAUAAUAAUGCUCCACCUCCAUUAGCACUUCCAACUCAAGACGAUCAUUCAUCUAGUCAUGAAUCAACAAUAAAUCCGAAUCAGUCGGAUCAAGCAAUACAUUUAACAAAUACGCCUGUUUAUACACAGCAUACAACUGGAACAAUAACACCUGGUAGUGUUAAAACAACUUCAGGCUUAAAUCCAGAAGCAGAUGAAUUUGUUCCUGUAUUUUCGCGUGAAAGUAGUUCUCGACCAGAAUCUCGUGGAGCAACAAGCUCAAUGUCGAUCAAUACAUUUAUUCCACAUCCUCAUCCACAAGCACUUCAUCUUUUACAACAACAACAACAACAACAACAACAACAACAACAACAACAACAACAACAACAACAACAACAACAACAACAACAACAACA